CUAAUAUUAAAUGCGAAUGCCUCUUCUAAGUUUUUAAAACAAAAAAGUGCGAAAGAGCUAGCAAGUGUUUUAAAAAAAUUUUCUUUUUGUAUAUUUUCUUUGUGUUUUCUUUUUACUUCGUGUUUUUUUUAUGUUUCUUGUUUAAAAAAAUAUUAUUUUAAAUUUUUGUUUUUUUUUCUUCAAAUCAACAAAAGUUGUUUCCAAUUGUGGAUUCCAAUUUUCAAUAUCUACACAAAUAUAGAUGAUCAAGAUAAUGAUUUAAGAGAUUUUAAUCAAUAAGUUUCUUCACAAACUUUAAGAAAUAUAUCUAAAUGGCAAAAAUGGAUGUCGACGAUGUUGUAGAUUUAAGUAUUGCAUCCGGACAAGAACCUUUAACUACCCCUUCAACUGUUCAAGGGCUAAGAGCCAUAGAAGAAAAUUCAAAUUUUACGUUAACUCCACUACAAAUAGAUAGCGAACAGCUUUCCAACAGUGAAAUUGGUGUUAGUAACAGCAAUAAUGAUAAAAAUAAAAACGUUGAUGAUGAUAACCAUGGUGAUGAUGUUAAAACAAAAGAAGAUGAUAACAACAUAAAUAAUAAUAACAAUAAUAAUAAUAAUAAUAAUAAUAAUAAUAAUAAUAAUAAUAAAAAUAAUAUUAAUAAUAAUAAUAAUAAUAAUAAUGAUAAUGAUGAUAAUGAUGGUAAUGAUAAAAAUGAUAAUGAGGAUAAUAAUAAAAGUAAUAAUAAUAGUAAUAAUACAAAUAUCGAUAACACUAAUAAAAACAGUGAUAACAAUAAUAAUACCAAUUCUAAAGGAAUAGAUCCAGAUAUUGAUAAAAACUAUAGUGACUGCAAAUAUAAUAGUAAUAAUGAUAAUAACGACAGUAAUAAUAAAACUGAAGCCAACAAUGGAAAAAAUAAUAAUGACGAUGGCGAACAUAAUGAUAAUAAUAAGAGUAAUAAUAAUAAUGGAAAUAAUAAUAACAAGAAUAAUAAUGACAACAAUAAUAGUAAUAAUAAUGGUAAUAAAUAUAAUAUUAAUAAUAAUAAUAGCAAUAAUAAUCUCAAUAACGAUCGUAACAACGAUGUUGUUAUUUGCGGAAAGAGCAAAGAUAACACAAACAACAAUAUAAAUAAAAGCAGUAGUAGCGAUAAUAAUAACAAAGAUAACAAUAGUAAUAAAAAUGAUGACAACAAAAAUAACAAAAGUAAUGAUAAUGAUGGAAAUAGCAACAUUGAUACAAUUUAUGAUUACAGCAAGGUUAGCAGCGGGAGUAAGGAUGGUAAAAAUAAAAAUUUUGAAAUCGAACCUGGUAAUAGUUUUAAUAAAAAGCUAAAUGAAAGUGAGAAAAAUAGAGGUAACAAAAUCAAUAAUGAAGAUCGUGAAAGUAAAGUUAGUAAAAGUAACGAUAACGAUAUAAAUAAUAGAAAUGAUAAUGAUAACAAGGACCUUGAUGAAAGCACAAGUCAUCAAAAUAAUGAAAAUGUUAACAAUAAAAAUAAUAACAAAGUUGAUGAAAACAGUAAUAAUAAGAAAAAUAAAGAAAUCAAUAAUGAUAAUAAUAAUGAACCAGAAGCUGACAAAAAUAAAAACAAAAUUGUUGAUAAUCAAAAUGAUAAUAGCUCUAUUGCUAAUUCGAGCAAAAGUAGUAAAAAUUAUUCUGGUAAUAGUAAAACCAAGAAUGAUGAUAAUAGUCAUGUUAAUGACAACAACAAAAGUAAUAACAGUAAGAAUAAGAAUGAUAUAAAUACUAAUAGCAAUAACGGCAAUAAUAUUAUUAAUGUUGACAAUGAUAAUAGUAGUUAUGGUAACAAUGAUAGUGAAAAUAAAACCAAUAGCAAACACGCAAGUAACAAAGAAAGCAGCUGUCAAAAUAAAACCAACGAUAAUGCGGGCCAACACGAUAAAAAUAUCAAUAUCAAUAAAAAUGAAAACCGUAGUUUCAAUAGCAACAGCAACGCAAUUAAUACAAGUAACCAUAGUAGUGCUACCAAUAUGAGAAUUGAUAAUAUUAGAAAUAACGAAAAUAACACGGGUAGCAAAAAUUGUAUUGAUAACAGUAAUAAUAACAGUAACAAUAAUAAUAAUAAUAAUAAUAACAGUAAUAAUAAUAACAAAAACAAUAACAACAAUAACAACUUUAACAAUAACGUAAAUGAUAAUGAUGAUGAUAACAACAAUAAUAAUGAUAAUAUUACUAAUAACAAUAAUAAUAAUAAUAACAAUAAUAAUAAUUAUAAUAACAAUAAUAAUAAUAAUAAUAAUAAUAAUAGUAACAAUAGUAAUAAUAAUAUUACUAUUAGUAGUAAUUUGAAUAUCAUAAACAAUUCAAGUAGUGAAGAUAAACCAAUGAGACGAGUUCUACGUCCCAGAACUGAACCAAAAUCUUAUGCUGAGGCGCCCGAUAUUGUCCUUUUGCCAGCUUCCAGAGUUAAUGGUAGGCAAAGUAAUCAUCAUCGUCAACAAAAUGGAAAUAUUGAUUCUGAAUCAGAUUAUGAUAGCGAUGAAGAAUUACCAUUGCCUCCGCUUCCACCAAUGAAAGAACUCACAUCUGAAGAAAUCAAAAGGCGUGAUAUUGAAUUAAGGAAAUUAAGAGAAGAUUUAAGAAAUGAGGAGACCAAAUUAGUUUUAUUAAAAAAAUUAAAGCAAUCCCAAAUAGUGCUAAAAGAGAACUUCAUUGUAACACCGGCUACAAUUUCGCCAACUUCAAAUCCAUUAACUGCUAUACCACAAGCAUUAACCAAAGGCAGUUUAAGUGUAACCCCAACGACAGCGGUGCCACUACCGGCUCAUGCUAAAAAUACUAGAAGUAACGUUACAGCAUUAAAUAACAGUAACCGGAACCAACAAAUCACAAUUGGAAGGACGAAUUCAGUACUUCCCCCUCCCAGGUCUUCCCUGCCAGGUGGAGCAACUCUCACCGCUAGUAGUCCAUUAAGAAACAACACAAUAUUGCCAAGAACAGGAUCGAAUCUCACAAUUACGCCAUCAGUGACAAUAACACCAACAUCUGCCCCUCCAGCUGGAGUAAAACCACGCAAUCUUACUGUUACGGAUAAUCCCAAACAGGUACCUGGAACAAUCAGUAAUUCAGUUUCCAUAACACCGGCCCCACCAAUUAAACAGCAGCAGCAAAACGAAAAUUUAAAAUCCAAGAAUGAACGUAUUGCAUCGAGAGAGGAUGUUCAAACUCCAGCUCAAAGACAGGCGGCAGCUAAAUUAGCUCUUAGAAAGCAAUUGGAAAAAACAUUGCUCCAAAUUCCUCCACCAAAACCCCCGCCACCCGAAAUGCAUUUUAUACCAAAUCCAAGUAAUACAGAAUUCGUAUACUUGCUGGGUUUGGAAACGGUUGUGGACUAUUUAACUACCAAAGAUCAAAAAUCUACAGUUUUACCUCCAUUUAGAUGCGCUCAAUGUAAAAUUGAUUUUACGCCGGUUUGGAAAUGGGAAAAACAAGGAAGCAAAGAUCCAAAAGUUAUAUGUGAACAAUGUGUCACAACUAAUGUUAAGAAGGCACUGAAGGCGGAACAUACUAACCGACUGAAGACUGCUUUCGUAAAAGCAUUACAACAAGAACAAGAAAUUGAACAACGAUUAGCUUCGCAAAACAGUCCUUCACCUGUGGACUCUCAUUCUUCAACACCCAUUACUGUAAUUCCACAUCAGCAACCACCUCAACCGAUAGUAUCUGUUCAACCAAUACCAAUGAAAUCACAAACUCCUACGCCAUCCCAGACUCCAACGCCCCGUCCAACCCCACCUCCUCCACUACCACCUGCACAAGUUACUAUAACUCCACAACCUUCACAACAUCAUCAUCAUCAGUCGCAUCAGUCACACCAAUCACAUCAACAUCAGCACCAUCAAGCUCAUCAAUCACUUCAAUCACAUCAGUCGCAUCAAUCACAUCAAUCUCAUCAAUCCCAUCAGUCACACCAGUCGCAUCAGUCUCACUCCUCACAUCAAUCUCAUCAAUCCCAUCAAUCCCAUCAAGCUCAUCAAGUUCAUCAAUCUCAUCAAUCCCAUCAAGCUCAUCAAUCACAUCAGUCACAUCAGUCACAUCAAUCGCAUCCAUCACUUCAAGCUCAUCAGUCACAUCAAUCACAUCAAUCGCAUCAAUCUCAUCAAUCACUUCAGCAUCAAUCACACCAAGCUCAUCAGUCACAUCAGUCACAUCAAUCUCAUCAGUCACACCAAGCCCAUCAAGCACAUCAAUCUCAUCAGUCACAUCAGUCGCAUCAACCACAAUCACAAACCCGUCAGCACCAAUCACAACAGCAACAUCAAUCACAACAAUCAAUUCACCAUCAUCAAUCACAUCAUUCACACAUGCAGCAAGCUGGACAACAUCCUAAAAGUCAACCGACACCUCCCCCGCCGUCCCGAACACCCAGGCAUGAGCAAAAUGCCACACCGACACCAUCUUCUGCUUCAUCAUCAGCUUAUGACAAAUAUUCAAAUGCUGCUGCUGCUGCUGCUGCAGCUCAAUUAACUGCAUUAGGAAGUUUAGCCGGUUUACCAAUGAAUUUGGGAGCAUUAGGAAAUUUAGGAAAUUUAGGCAAUCUUGGUAACCUUGGUAAUCUAGGAAAUCUCGGUAAUCUUGGAAGUCUUGGGAAUCUUGGUAAUCUCGGCAAUAUCGGUAAUUUAGGUAACUUAGGAAAUGCAUCACCUGCUGCUACAACUGCUGCUAUGCAAGCUUUUCAGCAACAGCUAUUUAGGGGCUUACAGCAAGGUUUAGCAUCUGGAAAUCCUCAACAACAUCAUAUGUUUACACCUCUAUUAUAUUCAUACCAUUUGGCAUUAGCACAAGCAGCUGUUGCUGGAAAAAAUCCACCAAGUCUAGCAGAUAUUCAAAGAGCAGCAGAAAUACAAAGGCAAUAUUUACUUGAAAUGAUACCACCUCAAGCACCUGGACCUAGUAAUAGCCGUCAGAAUAACUGGAAAACUUAAAAUUAAUUUUAAACUAUAUAUCAGAACUUAAAAUAAUUUUUAAUGAACUACUUUUAAAUUUAGACUUAAGACAUUUAAAAAAUCUAAAACUUUAAAGAAAAGAAACGAAAAAUAAGAUUCCAAAUUAUUAUCUAAAUUUCUUAGACACAUGUUAUGUAUAUAUUUCUAUAUUCAUAUGUAUAUAUAUUUAUGCAUAUGUACAUAUAUAUAUAAUACAUAAAUUUUAACUAAGAAAUUAUAAAAACAUAAUAAUAAUAUGAGUAUCCCUUAUAAAAUUAUUAGAUACGUAUGUUAUAGAUACAUAAUUGUAUAAAAUAAAUUCUAAUAUUCUUUUAAGUCAUAGCUAAAAUAUUUAUUGUAAUGAAUAAAUUAUUCAAUAAGCCGUUGCAUGCUCGCAUUUUAUUUCCAUUAAAAAUUAUAAUAGCAUUUAAAUACUAAAUGAAUGGAAAAAGCGGAAAGAUUAUGUUUUUGAAAUUUAGUCAAUUCCCUCCUCUACAAAUACAUAUUUUAACAUUAUUCGUCAACACUUUCAUCUAUCGAACAGAAAAUCAAAAAUGCUUCAAAUUAUACAAAACAAUAAGUGCUAAAAUAACUUAUAAAUUCUAAAACUAUACUUUUUAUUUUUUUUUUUAAGUUUAAGAAUAUAGCUUCGAAAAACAAAAUGAAACUGCAAAAGAUUCUCACUUUAAGUUUAAUAUUCAAUAUUGGGAUGGGAGUAUGCAUCGUGGCUAAUUGCGUAUUUAUUCAGUAUAAUGUUUGUUUUAACUGAAAACUUUUGUAUGUUUAUUAUUUUCGUAGUAGUUAUUCAUUACUACUUUUUUAAUCUCUAAGUAUUUUAUAAUUUUAUUAAAAAAAUUAAAUUUUUUCUGUUAGAAUAUUCUUAUCACUGCUUAGAAUAAAAAUAUAUUAUUAUAUUUCAAUUAUAAAAAUUGAUAUAAAAAAUUAAAAUAAAUACAAAUUACAAAAUUUAAAAAUUCUUUAUAUAAAUAAUUAAUUAACAUUUAUUUAAGCUAGAUAGUUUUUUACAAAAACAAAAAAGAAAGGAAAAUUCAAAAAAAAAGGCAAAAAGUAAACAAAAUUGAUAGGCUUUAAAACAAUUAAAAAAAAAAAACAAUUUUUGGUCUAUAAUAAUUAAUAUUUAUCUAAUUAUAACGAUUCUUAGAUUUUAGAUUUUUAUUGAAGCUAAUAUUAUUAUAAAAAAAAAUAUUUCAAAACAAUAAAAAAAUUACAAAAAAAAAAGAUCUUACUUAUAAGUAUAGCUCAAAAUAGUUCAGAAUUAAAUAACAUUUUAAAUAUAAGAUUUGUUUCGUAAAAGCGUGCAUGAAAGAAAACAUGUGGAAAGUUUUAAGUUUUGGUUAAAUUUUUCUAAUCUGUCUAUUUCAGUAGUUUUUAAAAUUUAAAAAAAAGACCCAUUGAAAAAUGAAUCUCCCUAAUUUUUUUUCUUGUUUUCCCUUCAGCAAAUAUUUAUUUAAAUAAUUUGGAAUUAUAUAAAUAAAAAUAUUGUAUGUAAUUGAAAAUUGUUUACAUACUUUAUCGCUGAUUCCUUCUUAAGACUCAUAAAAAUAACUACCUAGUAUGUAUUUUGAUUACAUUUUUCUCAAUAUACAAAAAAUUAACUUGAAUAUCUAACUUUGAAACCAGAUCCAGGGUUCGCUUAGCUUAAACUAAAAUUGUAUAAUUUUAAAAUAAUCAAAAUAUUUUUGAAGAAGAAAAGGCAAAAGUAAAAUUAAAAACAAUUUUUAUAAUGUAAGUUUAACAUGUUUUAUAAUACGUUGAUAAAAUAGAAGUAAUUAAAAAUAAAAUACCCAUAAGUUUUUAUAAUUAUCAUUUCAUAAAAAGCAAAAUAGUUAAGAAAACUACUGAUUUAGAAACGAAAAACUAAAAAAAAAAUUGUAAAAGAAGAUGCUCGAAAGCAUAAGUAUGAGUCCUCUUUUUAUUUGUUUAUUUUAAUUCAAUUUUUAUUUGAAUUAACAAUUAUAAUAAUUAUAUAAAUUUUUUAUUUAUUUAAAAAGCAAAUUAAAUAAAGAUAGCUUUUCGUUUUGAUAUUAUAAUUUGUUUUGUAUAGUUUUAUAUUGCGCGUACAAAUUAAUCGUAAAAAAAAUAAAAACAAUUUAAAUUAAAUAUAGUAUAUAACAUAUUAAUAAUUUAUAAUUAUAAUAACAAUAUUAAGGAUAAAAAUAAUGAAAAUAUUGAUAAUAAUAAAAUUGACGAAAGGGUCAUACAUAUUUAUAUAUGUAUUUAAAUACAUAUGUAUUUAAAUAUUAAUUACUAAUUACAUGAUUUCUGAACAGAUAAAUUUUAUUUUACAGAAACACAAUGUUAUGUACUAAAUCAAUAUUAUUUAAUAUGUGCUUUUUUAUUUUAAAGUCAAAACUUUGAACAUUAAUAUAAUAGUACGAAAGGGUAAAAUCAACACUGAAUUUAAGUAAAUUAAAUUAUAAAUUACUUGAAUUUGAUUUUUAUAAUUUUUGUUGAAAUUCGUGAUAAAACCUAUAAAAGGAAUAUAAACAAUAUUUUAUUUAAUAAAAAAUCAGAAAAUAUUUUAUUUCUUAGAAGAAAAUUUCAAAAUCAAAUUUUA